AUGGCGCCCACAGUUAAAGAAAUCGACUACCUCGUCCUCGGCGGCGGCAGCGGCGGCCUAGCUUCUGCCCGCAUGGCCAGCUCCAAGUUUGACGUCAAGGCCAUGGUCAUUGAGAACAAGCGCCUCGGCGGUACCUGUGUCAACGUUGGAUGCGUUCCGAAAAAGGUCACCUUCAACGCCGCCGCCAUUGCCGAGACUAUUCACGACGCCAAGGCUUACGGCUUCUCCGUCCAGCAGUCUGCGCCCUUUGACUGGAAUACCUUUAAGAACAAGCGCGACGCUUACGUCAAGCGCCUCAAUGGCAUUUAUGAGCGCAAUCUCGGCAACGACAAGGUCGAAUACCUUCACGGCAGCGGCCGCCUCGUCUCCAAGAAUCAGGUCGAGGUCACUCUCGACGAUAACUCCAAGGUCCUCGUCAACGCCAAGAAGAUUCUCGUCGCUGUUGGCGGCAAGCCGACAGCGCCGCCCUCCAUCCCCGGUGCUGAGCUCGGCAUCAACUCGGACGACUUCUUUGACAUUGCCACUCAGCCCAAAAAGGUCGCCAUUGUCGGUGCCGGCUACAUCGCCGUCGAAUUCGCUGGCAUGUUCAACUCGCUCGGCACCGAGACGCAUCUGUUUAUCCGCCACGACACGUUCCUUCGUCACUUUGACCCCAUGAUCCAAGAGACCGUCACCAAGGAGUACGAGCGUUUGGGAGUCAAGCUGCACAAGAAGGCCAAUACCAGCAAGAUUGAGAAGGGCGCCAAUGGAAAGCUGUCAGUUACGUACAAGGAUGAUUCGGGCAACGAGACCACGCUUAGCGAUGUCGACCACCUGAUUUGGGCCGUGGGCCGUACCCCAGAGACUCGCGGUAUCGGUCUGGAAGAAGCUGGCGUCAAGCUCAACGACGCGGGCUACGUUGAGGUGGACGAGUACCAAAACAGCAGCGUCGACAACAUCUACUCCCUUGGCGACGCCACAGGCAAAGUCGAGCUGACCCCCGUUGCCAUUGCCGCUGGCCGCAAACUCGCGCACCGCUUGUUUGGCGGCGAGCAAUUCUCCACCACCAAGCUCGACUACGACAACAUCCCCUCGGUCGUCUUUGCCCACCCCGAAGUCGGCAGCAUCGGCCUCACCGAGCCGCAGGCCAUUGAAAAGUACGGCAAGGACAAUAUCAAGGUCUACAAGACGAGCUUCACGGCCAUGUACUACGCCAUGAUGGAGCAGGAAGACAAGGGCCCGACCAGCUACAAGCUCAUCACCACCGGCCCCGAGGAAAAGAUUGUCGGCCUGCACAUCCUGGGUCUCGGCAGCGGCGAGAUGCUCCAGGGUUUUGGCGUCGCCAUCAAGAUGGGCGCCACAAAGGCCGACUUUGACAGCUGCGUCGCCAUUCACCCGACGAGCGCCGAGGAGCUGGUUACUCUGAAAUAA